AAGUGGGCGGAUUCGCAGAUAUGCCCUCGGGGUCGGGCAUCCUUCUUAUCCCCUCGUUGCAACGCCCCUCUCCCUCUCUCUCUCCCCCUCUCUGUGUCUCCUUCCUUUCCCCUUCCAGGCCAGGCUCUCCCCUCCUCUCCUCGCGUCCAGGAAUCAGCCAUGAAGGGGGCCAAAUCCAAGGGCGCCGUCAAGGCCGACGCCAAGUUGGCGGUGAAGAGCAAGGGAGCGGAGAAGCCUGCCGCCAAGGGCAGGAAGGGAAAGGCCGGCAAGGACCCCAACAAGCCCAAGAGGGCUCCCAGUGCCUUCUUCGUGUUCAUGGAGGAAUUCCGCAAGGAGUUCAAGGAGAAGAACCCCAAGAAUAAGUCUGUUGCUGCUGUGGGAAAAGCAGCCGGUGACAGGUGGAAAUCCCUGAGCGAUGCGGACAAGGCUCCCUAUGUAGCCAAGGCCAAUAAGCUCAAGCUAGAGUACAACAAGGCCAUUGCUGCCUAUAACAAGGGCGAGAGCACUGCUGCCAAGAAGGCUCCUGCCAAGGAGGAAGAGGAGGAAGACGAAGAGGAAUCUGACAAGUCGAAGUCCGAGGUAAAUGAUGAGGAUGACGACGAGGGUAGUGAAGAGGAUGAAGACGAUGACGAGUGAGCUUGCUCAAGAUGCUCCGAUCAACAUUGGAGCGGCAACACAAGGCCCUGUGGUGGAACUAUAAGGAGCCUAUCCAUCUACUAGAGUUAUUCAGUUUCAAUUCACAUCAUGAUGUUUUACUUUCGUCGUCCUAUUACGGAUAGCGCUCCUUGUUGGCGCCACUGGGGUGGGUGUUUGCGCGGUGUGGUACGUGAUUGGCCCACUGGCAAUGCCCGCUUGUACCUAGAUUACUGUUUCCAUUGUCAUCGGCUAACAUUGUGAUAAUAUCAGUUUGGGUAUGCUAGAUUAAGCGAUCAGUGUUUUAUUUCU